CGUUUGGCGUAUGGCAAGCCGUAUCCCUCUCCUUGCGCAGUGGGUUCUUGUUAAGCUCGUGGAGUCGACGGGGACAUAGGAAUUGCUGUUGUUCCGGAUUUGCGCGAGAUAAAGAGGCAUCGGGAAAGCGUUUACCCAGAAGGCUUUUCGAUUUAUCUUUUAGCCGGAAAGUGACACUCUAGGCCCAGGCAAUACUCGUGCUUUCGAUGAACGCCUGGGGAAUAGACGAAUCAGGUUGACUCGAAGCAAAAAGUCCCAUCUGUCAAGGUUUUAUUCCAUUUAUACCCAGGAUAUAAACUUUUUAAACUCAAGAUUAGACAUGGCCCUGUUUGGAAUCCAGUUUGUCCUGAGCAUCAUAGUUGCAACUUUCCUUCAAAAGCUCUCGCCAUAUUUCUCUCCUGCGAGAUGGAUACUCUGCAACGGAUGGUUGGUUAGAUACUUGCACCCGACAGAUGAACAGCUGAAAGCCAUGAUUGGGAAGCCUGUCAACGGCACAAAAGGCAAAGGGAGAAAAUCAGUGAAUACAGAAUCAAGGAAAGGCUUAUCCAAUGAUAAUAGGACUGGUACAGACAAGAACACCUUCACUAUCCCAUGCUCUCUCGAGAUCCAUCUUGACAAAGCCAAGGUUGAGGAGAUUGAUGUCUUACCACAGUUUCUUUAUACUGAGUACAAGUGGUUGAUAGACUUUGCUGUCAGUGCAGCAUUCUUGAACCUGCUCAUUGAAGUGGUGGCAUUCUUUCUUCCUGCCGUUCACAAGCAGGAGUUUAAUCUAGGACUUUUCUGGAAUCUCAUGGUGGUAUUGUUUGCUCUGAAGACUAUGUACUCAUUAACGGCUGCCUAUUGGCGAGGUGAUGACGGUGGAGAGAGAUCCAUGUGUAUCACAUUUGGCCUGUUCUUUUUUGUGGUUGCCAUGGCAGUGUUGGUGAUUGAUGAGUCACUUAUAGAUUUCGGGCUGGACGCCGGUUAUGAGAAAUUUUCGACAAAAGCUGCAGAAUUUCUGAAGAAACAAGGAUUCUCCACAAGAGAGACUUCUCCUGUCUGGGUAUUCAAGCUCAUGAUCGCUGUUAUGUCAGCUGUUCUUGGCAUGUUUAUGGGUUUUCCUGGAAUGCGUCUUGCUAAUAUGUACCUUGACUCACUCUACUAUCACAAGGAGACCCCUUACAUGGUACUCUUGUUGCACCUUAAUUUCGUCAUGCCUGUUUUGAUAUUUGCGACAUGGAUAAUACCUAUUGUCAAAGAGCCCCUCGUAACAGGAUCUUGGCAUGGCAAGGAGGGGCCAGCCACACCCUUAUUGACAGAGAUGGCAUUUAAGAACCUGCGCAGCACGCUUGUUUUGACUUUCUGCGCAUUACGUUUGGUGUUGACUUGGCGACAUCUGCAGUCCUACCUACACAUGGCUCAGGACAGGAUGGAGAAGUUGAGGAGAGAGACUGGGAGAAUUACAAACAUUGAAUUACAGAGAAAGGUGGCGGGCGUGUUCUAUUAUCUGUCGGCCGCAAGUCUACAGUAUCUGGCGCCUACUGUGCUGUUACUGUUUAUCAGUCUCAUACUACGGACAUUAGAAUUGACAGACUGGGAUUCAGUAGCGGACCUGGGGCCCUCAAGGAUAGAGUACUCGCACCUCAUUUCCAACACCACGCGAGAAGCGGCCCUAGACCUUAGAGCGGUCCUUACGCCCGAGCUGUUCCAGGGUGUGUUCUCUUACAUCACGUGGUGGCUAUGUACCACGUGGUUUGUGACGUCAGUGUUUGGUGUAGUCUAUUUAAAGAUGAUUAAUACAUAACAACGUGCCUGGA